CGUUUUCUCUACUUUGUCUGAAGCGGGAGCAGACGUCAUUUUUGUCCAGCCAAGUGACGGACAAAGGCUAAGAUAUCACUUCAGUUAUGGAUCCAUGUACACUGGUUGCAGCGGCAGGAGGAGCAGUUUUGGCAGUAGUUGCAGCGCCGGCCAUCCUGACUGCUGCGGGCUUUACUGCAGGAGGGAUAGCCGCAGGGUCUGUCGCCGCCAACAUGAUGGCAUCGGCUGCCGUGGCCAACGGAGGAGGAGUGGUAGCUGGGGGUGUGGUGGCAGCCUUGCAGUCUGCUGGCGCUGCUGGGAUGGCCGGUGCAGCAACAGCAGCUGUGGGAGCUAUAGGGGCCGUAGUUGGUGGAGUCUUGGGUGGGUCCACGGUCUGCAGCACUGUGGCCUCAGCAACUACAGGUGCUUCUGCAGUUCGGGCAUUGCUGGUUGCAGCGACUAACUGUACUGUUUGAGAUAUUAAGGACUGUUACAAACGUAUAUGGUGAUACUAAAAGUGACUAAAAAAACUUUAAGAAUAAUCAGAGAUACUAUAUAAAUGUUCUCUGGGGGAAUACACUGACUGUCAUGGGA